UGAAUCAGCUCAGCUAAGCAGGCGAUAUUCAGCAAAGAUAAAGGACGCGAUUCAAUCAUGAAGCAGUGGCCAAUACUUUCAACUUUGGCGUCUGGCGUAAUCGUCGCUUUAGCAUGGCUAAGUGGAAUUGAAGCUCAGCAGAAUACGCCUGAUAUAAGAAAUUUUCUGAAUGGUGGUCUACCUAUAUGGGUGCGCUUCACGACCGCGGUACGAGGUCCUGACUGUAAAGUGGACAUCAUCGACAAUGUAGACGGAACUUACGUGAUGCUUCGCCGAUUUAUUGGUUACACGAAACUAAUAAUGAGUAAUUUUCAACAGUUUCUUGAAGCACAUCUUGGAUCGAGUAGCGAUGGGUCCAGAAGUGAAAGUUUAGAUGUAAUGAACGUGAGCAAGCGAGGUGCCGCUCCUACAAGCCAGGAAAGAUUAAUAUAUCUGAGUCAAAACAGAGAAUGCGGCAUUUUCGAAGUUGAAGAUCUAGUAAAUGCAGGCGCAGAUCGCACAUAUGAGCUACGGUCGAAAAAUCCACUAGGAGGCGAAGCCAAGGAUGAAGAAUGUUUGAUGAUGUACAACAAGACCACAAAAGGAAAAGCAAGAAGAAUUUCUGAGGAUGCCGCUUGUGAAGAUAUACUCAAAGGAAACGAUAAUCUUCUAACUUCCAUUAGCAUGGACGGAGGACGAGUGGGCUUGUAUAGAAUUAUGCUAGAAGGAUAUCCGAUCAGCCCUGCUACCGCAUUCCUUCAGUAUUUUGCCAUGAUACCAAUUUUGCGCCCAACGUGGGAGCUUGAGGCACACAUGGGUUACCUUCCCCCGAACUUUGGCGAGUGA